UUCCACUUUCUUCAGUUAAUAUUUUCAGUUAGGGUUGAAGUAGUGAUAUUGCUGGGUCAUAUUUUGGUUAAUAUAUUGAAUAUAGUGUUUUUAACGACAUACGUUAACAUUGUUGCCUAUGGGAUUUUAUUUGGUAUAGUAUAACCGGAUAUAUACCGAAUAAUCCCGAGGUGUUCCGAAUGUUGUUUAGCCAAAAACUGGUCCGCUCUGUUCCAAAUUGUAAGGACAGAUAACUCUUUUGCAUUUUUGUGUGCUUUGAGGAAGUUGUAAAUCUUGGCUUUGUGUCAAACAGUUGUAAGUGGUUUCGAUUCUACGAAUCUAAGCAAGUUGCGUCUUGUAAACUACAAACCGCGAAAUAAUUAUGCACACCAUACUGACAAUUUAAGAUAUUGUACAGCAAUAUGGCUGGCAUUCGAGUUGGUAACAUUCCACCCACAUUGAGUGUGCAGACUUUGCAGUCCUAUUUUGAGUCGGUCAUUGAAAGCAGAAUUGACAAGAUCUACUAUCCACUGUUGAACAAUGAUGCCGUGAUAAUGUUUAAAGAUAAACUUGCUGUGGCAAAGAUCUUAAGCAGGAAGGAAAUAUCUAGUGGCACUGUAAGAUUUGACGUGAAGCCGUUACCUCAUCAGAUAUUUGAAUCAAAUACAGUAUUGCUUGAGGACAAUGUUGCAUCUCUGGUUUUAGCCACCAAUGAAUAUAGAGAUACCCUUCUUGAAAAUGGAGUUAAAAUCAUUCCAACAAAGUCUCAUGCAUUGACAUUCAAAGGCAAUUGGUAUGAAUUGGAAUGGGCUUGGAAUUUCUUGCAUGUAAUCUUAGAUCGUCAAUACCACAUACAAGACAAUUUAGUACAGCAUCAGCAUGCUACUUCUACUUCUGGUACAAACUUGGUUAAUGGUGUGGCAGAUGUGCAAAGUAGCUCUUUAAUCAGAAGACCGACACUAGACCCAGUGUCUACAAACGAAGUGGAUGUUCCGGUGUCUUCUUCCAUGAGAAACCAAGCUUCUGUUGCCAGUCGGGUUGCUGAGAGCAGAAGCAGGACACUGAGGACUGGUGUACGGUCCGCUAGGGAUUCCACUCCUUCCAGAAAGAGUGGGCCAAAUUCUCCUCAAGAUUCAAGUUCGUCUAGAAGUCCUACCAGCACUCAAGGUGCUGUUGGUGGCGUUGGUGAAGAUAUUUCCGGGAGGAAUUCCAGUCAUGAUACUCAGAAAGCUGGUUUGGAUUCUGAAGGUUCUUUAAGAACAUUAAAUGGUUUAGGACUAGGGAGUCACAAUCACUCAGACAUUUUAACUAAUCAUUGUGGAAGACAUGAUCCUGACAGUGAUUCAGAGACAAGUCAGCAAUUGUCCACUUCUGUUGGACACAGUUUUUCUGGUGAUCCGAGGGAAAGAGUGGCAGAGGAAACUAGAGACAGGAAGACAGCUGUCAGAUUGUCUCGCUCUGAAGAUGCUGAUCACACUUUUGAAAACUUUGCUAGUUUAAGAUCCCACAAUAACAAAGAAUUACAAGAGUAUAUGAAAACUGAAGCCACUGUUGGAAGUGGUGGCAGGUUCUCUGACAAUCAUGUUAACACUGCUAGGAGACAUACAAGCCCAGUCACUGAUGUGGAUAUUGGCAACUCUCAUACCAGACAUGAAUCUAGGUCCAGUACUGGCACUGAAUUUAAAGAAACUGCUUCACCAUCAAUAAACAAAGGAAAAAAGUUACAACAUUCAACAAGCUUAACAGAAUUCGAUUUCACACUGCUGAAUGGAGUUAAAGUCUCUGUUUAUUACGAAAGCAUCAUCAAAGCCAAGGUUGAGUGUAUUGUCAAUGCUGCAAACAGUGACCUGGCUAAUAUAUCCGGAGUUGCACGAGCUAUUGAAAAAGCUGCUGGGCCAAACCUGAAGAAAGAGUGUGAAGAUUAUGUAGACAUAUAUGGUACACUUCCGGUGGCUGGUGUCAUGCAUACAAAGACUGUGGGCAAACUCAGUCACUUGAAAUGUGUCAUUCAUACAGUGGGGCCCAUAUAUUCAAAGGGAAAACAUGAAUCUUGUGUUCAGCUGCUGACAAGGACAUUUUACAAUUGUUUGAAAUAUGCAGAUGAAAACACAAUGGUGAAAUCACUGGCAUUUCCUUUCAUCAGUACAGGAAUGUUUGGAGUUCCGUUGGAAUGCUGUGUGGAAGCAUUUCUGGAUGCUCUCGUCCUGUUUACCUCUGAAAGAGGAAAGUUACUCUUUCUGAAAAACAUCCACUUCGUCAACACUGAUGCAGACAGCGUGUGCAUGGCCAUUGUUAUGUUGCAGCAGCACCUGGAAAAAACAUUUGACUUUCUGAUUAAAGAAGCUUUACGUAAAAAAGAAAGUCUACUGAACUCAAGGACAUCACGGUUGCUGGAAUUAAGUUCUGAUAAGAAAUCCAGAGAAGAUAAAAAUUAUGGAUCUCCAAGACAACGUUCAUCAUCACUGUCUCGAAUGGACAGACUUAGAAACACUGAUGACUUCGAGGAUCACACAGCAAACAGACGCACAAUGCACGGUGCCUCCUUACAUGGAGCACACUUCAGUACUUCAAGUAAAUCGGAGAAAGAUUCCCACACAAGUGCAGCUACCUCUUCAGCAUAUCAACAGACACGUCCUCGUUCGGGAUCGUUAGACGUGAGGACCCGGCUACAAAACACAAAGACUACAAAUAGUACCAGUCAGUCGAGACCAUCUACAAGCUCGGGGGUUAGCAGAUCGAGAUACGACUCCAGUCAGGUGGACAUUACAAAAACGAUGCCAAAUGUGGGUAAUUAUAGGCCUAGCCUGCCAGGAGGGUUACUGGGAGAUAAAAAACUAAUGAAAACGAUGUCUUCAGCAUCCACUUCGCAUAGCCCAAAGUCACAGCAGAAACCGGUCAAAGCAACAUAUGAGCUUAAACAAGCAUUUGCUGUUAACAGCCAUCACAGUGAUGACAGAGUCGGAAGAGCUUCAGAAUAUGAGAGGGAAGUGAUAUACGAUUUCAAAUGUUCUGAAGAAAUGUUUUCAAGUCUUCCGAUCAAUUUGCCAAGCCAGCAUGUUGACGACAACUGCUCCAUCUGUUUGGAUCCAAUCAAAGACUCAAAGACCCUCAACCUAUGUGGCCAUGUGUUUUGUAGACGUUGUAUUGACGAUGCAUUCAGACACAAGCCUGUCUGCCCCCAGUGUGGGAAACUGUACGGCAAAUUAAAAGGGGACCAGCCCACCUCGGGAAAGAUGAGUUUUGAAGUUAAACGUGAAAUCCGUAUUCCUGGGUACGAGUCUGCUGCCGGUGCCAUAGAAAUUACUUAUGAGUUUUCAUCAGGAAAACAAGAGGCCCACCAUCCAAACCCUGGUAAAAAGUACUCUGGAAUUCACAGACAGGCCUACCUGCCCAAUAACGAGGAGGGUCGUGAGGUGUUGUCACUGUUAAAGAAGGCUUUUGAUGCUGGUUUGAUCUUCACGAUCGGCGAGUCGAGGACAACCGGGGCCGAGGAUGUAUUGACGUGGAACGAUAUUCACCACAAAACAAGAGUGCAUUCAUCAGACUUUGGAUACCCCGACCCAGGUUAUCUGAAAAGAGUGAAGGAGGAAUUGGCAGCAAAGGGAAUAGUGAGCUGAUCCAAUUUGUUUAAAAGGAGUGAAAGAAGAAGUGAAAGAAGAAGGAAUCACAAGCAACACAUUACAUAACAUUACAACAAAGUCUAUUUUUCAAUAUUAUUGUUGUCUUGGUGAUUUUAAUAAGUUUGUUUGGCCAUUGUUUGGCAAACUUUCAGAUUUAAAAAUAUUUUUUUUUAAAGUCAUAUUAUUUAAUACAUCUCAUUUAAUUUGUGUUAAUUUUUCAUUUUAUACUAUAAUAAAAAUGUAACUAUUAUUGACUAUCAGUUUUAAAAUGUGUAUAUAUAUACAGACCUAAUAUAAGAUGUGAUGUCAAACAACAGACCAAAUUCUGUUUACGGACAACAUUUUUUUAUUUACUGUAUAUAAAUAGAGAUUAUUAUACAAGCUUGUGUGUCAUACUGAUUUUACGAAACAAGUGUAAAGAUUCUUGUAAUACAUGAAUCCUGACACUUGUUUCGUAAAAUAAGUAUGAUUCACACUCGAGUGUAAGUAAUUUCUAUAGUAUCCAUUUUAUUAUUUUUAUGAAUAUUACCCAUUUCACAUCAGAAGAGAGGGGAAAGAUUUAGCUCAGUCGAUAAUUCUUCUUUUGUUUUAAAUCCCACUGCAGUCUUUCCUUUCUGUCAUUUGAAUUCCAUCUUAUUUCUUCCCGAUCUGGCAGCUCCUAUUUUUUAACUUCUUUUGCCGUCUACCUCCACAUGCCAGUCCUUGUCUCUCCAACCGCAUCAGAUGCUUGUCUCUUGUGGCUAUCCCAGGCCAUCGGUCUACAGGCUGGUAGGUACUGGGUUCGGAUCCCAGUCGAGGCAUGGGAUUUUUA